AUGGGAAGGUCGUUCAGGGACUCGCUCAAGGUGCUCGAGGCCGACAUCCAGCACGCCAACUCGAUUGCUUCUGAAUUUCGAAGGGAAUACGAUGGCGCCUGCCUUCAGAUGAGGAUGGCAUACUGCCCUGCUGCCCACUUUUUCCUUUUUCUUGUGCAGUGGACAGACUGCAACCUUGCUGGUGCACUUGGGCUGUUGAAGAUUCUAAUUUAUAAGGUUUACGCUGAUGGGACAACCACCAUGUGUACUCAUGAAAGAAAAGCAAGCAUCAGGGAAUUUUAUGCUGUCAUAUUUCCCUCCUUGAUGCAAUUACAUGAAGGAAUCAAUGAAGUGGAGGAUAAAAAACAGAAAGCAAUAUGUCUAGAGAGGUACAGAAAACGAGAUGAGGAUCAGAAAACUGUGAUAUCUGAGAUUGAUGAUAAUAUAGAGGAGGAAUGUGGCAUAUGCAUGGAGAUAAACAGCAAAGUUGUUCUUCCAACUUGUAGCCACGCUAUGUGCAUUAAAUGCUACCGCGACUGGAGGUCAAGAUCCCAGUCCUGUCCAUUCUGCCGUGACAGCCUCAAGAGGGUAAACUCUGCUGACCUGUGGGUAUACACAGAUAACAAGGACAUCGUCGACGUGGAGACAGUCCGAAGAGAGAACCUGAGGCGACUCUUCAUGUACAUAGACAAGUUGCCCACCGUCAUCCCAGAAUCUGUGUUUGACGUCUACGACUCCCAUUUGUCAGGUGAGGCCGGCCUUUCAGGGCAAUCUCUGUCAGGUUCCUCAGUUGCGGGUUAUUUCUUCGAGAAAUGGCGCCAAUUGGUUCGUGGGACCAUAAAACGAUAA